GCUGCGGCGCUCAGCACAGGCCUCAAGACCAGGAGCCCACAGGCCGCGGGGCGCCCACGGCGGCUGCAGCGCCUGUCUCUUUAAAUACGGGUCCUGGGCUGGCGGCGGCGCGCAGGCGCGACAGCGGAGGGCGGAGCGACGCGGCACGGCCCACCCCCUGGCGCCGGCCACGUGCGACUGGGUCUGGUUCUUCAGUCCGGUUUGGGGUUGGUGCGCGUGCGGGCGCCCGGCCGGCUGAACUUCCGGGGAAAUCCCCCUCAAUUUCUCUUAAUUGUUAGAGAUCACCUAGUCUUUAAAGGUGUUGACUGAGAAACUGCGCCGUCAUGAGCUUGCGGAACGUUCUGAUCGCAUCGCUUGUUUCUGGUGCCGGUGAUAUCAAACUCACCAAAGACGGCAAUGUGCUGCUCCAUGAGAUGCAAAUUCAACAUCCAACAGCUUCCCUUAUAGCAAAAGUGGCAACUGCCCAAGAUGACAUUACAGGAGAUGGUACUACUUCAAAUGUUCUAAUUAUUGGAGAGUUACUAAAACAAGCUGAUCUUUACAUUUCUGAGGGCCUGCACCCUAGAAUAAUAGCAGAAGGAUUUGAAGCUGCAAAGACAAAAGCACUUGAGGUUUUGGAGGAAGUUAAAGUAAAAAAGGAGAUGAAAAGAGAAAUCCUCUUAGAUGUGGCUAGAACAUCUCUGCGAACAAAAGUUCAUGCUCAACUGGCUGAUGUGUUAAUACAGGCUGCGGUGGAUGCUGUUUUGGCUAUUAAAAGACCAGGUUAUCCUAUUGAUCUCUUCAUGGUGGAAAUCGUAGAGAUGAAGCAUAAAUCAGAAACAGAUACACAGUUGAUCCGGGGAUUAGUUUUGGAUCAUGGUGCCCGUCAUCCAGCUAUGAAGAAGCGGGUUGAAGACGCAUUUAUCCUUACCUGCAAUGUAUCACUAGAAUAUGAAAAAACAGAGGUGGCCUCUGGUUUCUUUUAUAAGACUGCAGAAGAAAAAGAGAAACUGGUAAAAGCUGAAAGAAAAUUUAUUGAAGAUAGAGUACAAAAAAUAAUAGACCUAAAAGACAAAGUCUGCGCUGGUUCCAGUAAGGGAUUUGUCGUCAUUAAUCAAAAGGGAAUUGAUCCAUUUUCCUUAGAUACACUCGCAAAACAUGGAAUAGUAGCUCUUCGCAGAGCAAAAAGAAGAAAUAUGGAAAGACUCACUCUUGCUUGCGGUGGAAUAGCUGUGAAUUCUCUUGACGACCUCGAUAUGGAUUGUUUGGGAUACGCUGGUCUUGUAUUUGAAUAUACAUUAGGUGAAGAAAAGUUUACUUUUAUAGAGGGUUGUGUUAACCCUCGCUCUGUCACCUUGCUGAUCAAGGGACCAAAUAAGCAUACUCUCACACUAAUCAAGGAUGCCAUAAGAGAUGGACUUCGUGCCAUCAAAAAUGCCAUUGACGAUGGUUGUAUAGUUCCAGGGGCUGGUGCAGUUGAAGUGGCAAUAGCUGCUGCGCUUGUUAAUUACAAGCCCAGUGUAAAAGGAAGAGCUCGUCUUGGAGUCCAGGCUUUUGCCGAUGCCUUACUCAUUAUUCCUAAGGUUCUUGCUCAGAAUUCUGGUUUUGACCCGCAGGAAACACUAGUAAAAGUUCAGACUGAGCACUCAGAAUCAAAGCAACUUGUUGGCAUAGAUUUGAAUACAGGGGAACCAAUGGUAGCAGCAGAUGCUGGAAUUUGGGAUAAUUAUUGUGUGAAAAAACAACUUCUUCACUCUUGCACAGUGAUUUCCACCAACAUUCUCCUGGUUGAUGAAAUUAUGCGAGCUGGGAUGACUUCACUCAGAGGGUGAUUGAAUUCAAAAUCAGCUCUUCUGGAAGAGAAGAUUUAGUACACCUUGUAUCCAGUUACUGUCCUCUAGCCUGAUCCAGUCUUAAUUUUUACAAAAUAAAGGCAGUUUAUAUCUUUUGGUCUUAACAGUCUCAAAAAUAUUUCAUCAAGGUAUAAAGAACACAAUAAAUAUUUUGAGGAUAAAGGAAUAAUAAUGGAAAUAUUUUUCCUUGGAGACUUAACUUUUCACCCUGUGUUGUAUGCUAUUGCCGUUUUCAUAAAAUAGAUUCUGUUAUUAUUCUUAGACCUUCUGGGAAAUGUUUAGUUAAUCAAAUAUGGAGUACAGGUUUUAGAGCACCCAAGUCAAUGUACAGUUUUUCAGAGGGUAUUAAUAGAGUAAGACAAAAUGUUUUAUUUUUCUCUCAAAAGUCCUCAAGGAACUUCUUGCUGUCACUCUUUCACCUGAUAAAUAUGGCAUAAUUUUAUGAAUAUAGCUUUGGGUGUAUUGAUUUACAAUACAUAGUUAUUUAAUAUAUAGUUUAUUAUAUUUUACCUGGCAUUAUAUACCUUAGUAUAUAUGAUUCUAUAUAUUGUCAACAACUCGGGCUAUAGCUCUGAUAGCCCCCUGACUCAAUGGAGAGGUAGAGAUUAUUAGGCUUAACUCUGGGAUAUACAGAGAUUCCUCAUUUGACCACCUACCUGUUUAACAACUGUUCAGAUUUAUAACUGAGGCAUGCUGUUUAGGCUUACAACUUGUGGGGUUUCUUUGUACAGUUCUAUACAUCUUGUUUAUAGAGCUUCAAUGUCUUUUUUGGGUACAAUACACUUUGUUUAUACAGUACUGCAAAUUUUGCUCAUUGUACUGUAUAGUAUGGUACUAUAGUUUUAUGUUCUGUUAUAUAUUAUAGUACUGAUUGUAAGAAUUAUGCAAAUAAAAGCAAAGUCAACAA